AUGUGCAAACCUCUCUUCUCAAUCGUACCUCAAUAUUUUCUACUGCCCAAAUAUAUUAUUGGUGAAAAACUAUCUGCCUUGUGGCGUUCAUCAUUUAUGCGUUCUAUUGAAUCGUUCGAACUUGAUGAUAACGGUAUUUUAGUCGAAAGACUUGGCGAUGAUGAAUUGCGCUUCGAUCAAGUAAUUCGACUAACUCAUCUUCGUAUAUCUUUAUGGCAUUUUGACCAAUGCGUUCAUUUACUAAAUCAAUUAGGCUCACAACUCUAUUCAUUCACAGUUACUAUAGGAGAUAUUUUUGAAGAAGAACCUAAUUUAAUUCCUAAAAUAAGAUUGAUUUCGUGUCCUAAUUUAAAACAAAUGACAAUGACAAUAUAUCGUAAUUUUAAUAACUAUGAACCAUUUAUUUUUCUUCUACAACGUUUGGUAAAUGUCGAAUAUUUAACAUUAUUAUUAGCUAUAAAUGUAAAAGGUAUUGUAUCCUCAUAUUUUAUUGAUGGAUUUUUCUUAGAGAAAAAUAUUCUUCGAUAUAUGCCUCAUUUACGUCAAUUUAAUUAUCAUAUUCGUUCAAUAUUAAAAAAUGCUUCUCAUAUAACAAUUGACCGAAUUCGUCAAAGUUUUUUAAAACAGCGACAACCAUUUGACUGUGUACUCGAUAAUUUUAAUAAUAACUAUGGACAAUGUCAAAUCUAUUCAAUUCCAUUUAUUGGUACUCGUCUUGAUUUUGUCUCAAAUCGAUUUCCACUCUAUGACAUUAAUAAGACAUUUUCAAAUGUUACUAUCUUACUACUUUUUGAUGAUAUCAAACCUUUCGAAAGUGUUUUCUUUGAACGUGUUGCUCGAGCUUUACCUCGACUUCGAACGCUCGAGAUAAUUAAUCAACUUGAACAACAAGAAAAAACGACAACAAAGAAAAUUAACAUUGACUUUGCUCAUUUAACUGUACUAAUUUUAUAUGAUAUUCAUAUGGAUUAUGCCCAACAAUUUCUUUGUCAAAUUUAUCUUCCAUCUCUAAUCGAACUCGCUAUUAACAAGGAUAUUUUGUUGACAAUAAUCGAUCAAAACCAACAACAAGCAAGAGACAAUUGUUCUAGAGUAGGAAGAGUACUAACAUCCAAACCAUCCUAUGAAUCAAUAGAUAUUAUUCGAAACUUUUUCCCACGAGCUCAUUAUGUCAAGCAUUCAUGUGAGGUGAAAACAAUAAAAUAA